AUGGAUGCCGAUGCGUCCCUCUGUGCGUUCGAGCGCGCGUGCGUCGAGCGCGUGAUCGAACACACGCGCGGGCGAGGACGACGGUCGCGAGAGGAUGAUGAUGAUUCAAAAGACGACGCAGACUUUGCGUCGACGUGUCGAGAGAUCGUUCGGAGAGAGGCGAAGCGACGACGGAGAGAAGAAACGAACGGCGAAGAGGAUGCAGAGGAUGAUGGAUUCGGUUCGAUGACGGAAGCGGAGAUCGAGCGGGUGUUGACGGCGAUGGCGGAGGCGCGGGACGCAGAGCUCGAGCGCGAGGAGCGCGAGGUGGCGCUUCGACGAGAGCGCGCGCUGAGUGGGGAGACGAGUGAGGAGGCGGAAGAGACUGAACGAUUGGCGCGAGCGAUCGAGGCGUUCGAACGGUGGAAGUUUCCCGUGGAGGAUGGCGUGAAGCGCGACGCGGAGGACGACGAGGACGUGUUGUGUCCGGUGUGCGGUUCGCAAAGAGUGCUACAGAACAGGCACGUGCUGUUUUGCACGUGCGGGAAGUUUAGAUUGGCCAGGUUGGACGAGAAAGUGGGGUUGAGGUAUCUCAAAAGCCGACUCGCGAGGACGUUCGAGUCGCACGCCGAGCGCGGGUGCGGACGUGCGGGCGAACUCCGUUUCGACGUGCGAGACGAGUACGGCCUCGACGCGUGCGUCGCGAGGUGCGAGAAGUGCGCAUUUUUAGAGAUUGUGAUGUAG